GGAGAAAGCCUAGGUGAUCGUGGGAUGCAGUGUAAAGCCGAAGAUUCCGGCGAUGGCAUCUCCGCCGGCCACGUGAGUAGAGGAGGCAGUAGCAGUGUGAAACGCGGGGGACGAAUUGAGGCGACGGCAGCCAGCAGCGCUGGACUGAAACAUCUGCUGUGGCCUGGGCCCGGAUUAUUGAUGAAAGGUCAAAGUUUGCAAGCGAUUCAUGCCCAAAGUUCAACAGAGACGAGCGGGUUAGGUGAUACGAUCACCUCGGGCGUCUCCUCGCAGGAAAGUCUACAUAGUUGCCGGGGUGGGGCAGGAAAGGAUGCUAACAGCUCAGUUCGAGGUGAUCAACUCGACACGUUCAACUGCUCGCAAUCCCCACAACGGGACGGAAGCGAGUACAAAAAUUAUACCACUUUCGCUCCGCCACCUGUCGUGUAUAUACAAGUGUCUGACAGGACUUGGAGGCCAAUUUCCACCCACCCGGACAGUAACGUGCACCCCAGGGGCUUCAGUAAGCGCGUUCGACGUAGACCAUCCUUCGAGACUGCGGUCGAAAUGGCAGGUAUUAACAGCAACAGCGAGUCGGGGCGACCAGCUGCCGCCCGCGCCAGUAACGAAGAUCGCUACACACAAGAUCGAACCAAUUUCGAUGAACUGUUCAUUGCGAGUAGUAACACUGACAAUAACAGGGUACAUGAUUACACGAGAGCGCCGAAUUACCGAACCGGCUCUACCGCUAAACCCAUGACGUCUGUCCCGGGUUAUGGCCUCUCCUCGUCAGGCGGGCACGGCUAUACCACGAACUCACCGUCGGUCGGUCUUCAACCCGACCAAGAAGACUCAUGGAGCCGAAGGAACUCAGUUAGGAGCAUUUCUUCCCUGGGCGGGGGCUCGUUCCGUUCAAGAAGUGGCUCAACGCGAGGAUCCCGGAAAUUCCUGGGCAGGACGACGGAAUCGCGAUGGCUUCGCUGGUCGAAGGAUCGGAGACUUUCAUACCGAAGGAAACUCGACAUGAUGGAGAAAGACAACCAGGAAGAAGACAGAAUUCCAACGCCCGUCAAAAAAGCCCGUAAAGAGUGCCUUAAGUUCGUACACCCGGAUCUUGAACACAAGUACUUGUCGGAAGAAGACCUGAAAGACCACCACCGACAACAACAGGUACAGCAGCAGUAUUACUAUGGGAUGCUUGAUGCCAAGAAUGGCGACGGUUUGCAUCUGACCAUCAUAGAAUGGCAUCUGCUGGCGGACUACUGGGACCACAAAGUGUUUAACAGAGCCAGAUAUGUGGCAGUCUUCCUCAGCUUCCUCGGAUUACUACUUACAAUAAUUGCCUUGACACACUACAACUGGAUGACCUACCUGGCCACAACCGACAAAGGGAACGUCACUCAGGGAUUAUGGAUGGACUGCUAUAUGGAUCCCAUCACAGCGGAAGAUGUCUGUGAAUCGUUCAGCACUAAUUGGCAGAACGCUGUGAUUGGUUUCAUGCUCUUCGCCGCAUCCUUCGGAUUCUUGGCCUCCAUACUUUCCAUCUUAGGCGUUUGUACGACACCUUUGCCAAAGAAAAUCUAUUAUUUCCAUUCAUCAGGCGAAAUUUUCCUCGUGUGUGCUGCGAGCUGUACGUUUGCCCUCCUCAUUUACCCGAUGUCCAUUGAGUUGGAUAAAUCAAUAGAGGGUCAUCGGUACGGCAUUGGAUACGGACUAGGCUGGGGAGCCGCUUUCUUCUUCUACGCAGCGGCACUGUGCAUGAGUCUGGAUGAGUUAGUACGGGCGUCUUCCAGGGCCAAAUGCUGCCGGUGCUGCUGGGGGAGAUCAAACGAGGGGGACCGAGGGGACCUCAGACAAGUAUGACAAGUGAUGUGCGGAGCCACCUGGUGGCAAUAUUUAAAUGUAUGCAAACAGGGGCGACAGUCCCUUUCGAACUGGUGCCAGAGAAAACUAUGGUCCUACUUCAUUGAAGUUGGUCCAGAUGAGAUCGGUUGCGCGUUUCUCAACGGAUCAGGGUUUUUCCAUCUUUGUCUUCUCUUAAAUGGUACGGAUCCUAGAAGAACAUCUUCCAGUGUAUUAAAAGAAUGGCGCUUUUGACGACUGUCAUUUAAAGUUGACGACUGUUAAACUCAUUCCACUUGCAUUUAGCGUUCUGGUGGAAAAUGCCUUGGGGAAAUAAAGUGAAAGGUUCAGGAAUGUUUAACGUGUUCGAUAACCAACUUAACAUGGUGCUCGCAGUGCUGCAUGUGAAUAGUUUCCACGGCAGCGCUAUGUCGUGAGAGUUUAUCGCUGUGAUGUGACGUCACGCACACGUAACGCUCUGAGCGCUUCUUGAAAACAACCACACUGGACGGUUUCAAGGGAUUGCAAGAGCAGACAAAAGCUGCAGCAGGAAGAGGUGGGGACAAGACCAGAGCUUUGUGAUCAACAGAGUAGCAGCUUGUGGCCUCCAUUCAUUCUUGAGUGAUUAUUGUUCAACUUUAACAGAUAAAUCUAAGCAGAUGUCGUUUUACUAAAUAACAUAUUUAGACUCCUAACGACUACUGGUCAAUUUAACUAUCUUUGCUUCUAGACCAUAUGAAGGAUACUCGGAAAGUCUGAAUGGAAACCUUAACGUAUUCAGUAUAAACCGACAAGGAGACAUUUCUCAGGUGCGAUACUGAACGGUGCUGAUUGGACAUGAAGGCACUAUGCUCAAAUAUGACGAAGACAAAUCGUGGUAGCAAAGUUUUUUACUUCUUGCAUUUCAGUUGUUUUCUAAGCAAACUCCUUUAAAACUCUAUAUCAUAAGCCUUCGAAUAUAAUACGAAGAAGAAAUACUGCAGCUGACAUUGUUUUUCUCAAAUGGUAUGAGAAUUUUUUUUUGGG